AUGAAAAGUUUCCUACUGACGAUUGCGCUCUAUGGAGCACUUUCUUGUGCUUUGCCCCUAAUCCACGAAGCUGAUCAAGUUGGAGAAGCGGACCUGAAUUUUGCAAAGACGUACAUAGAAAACUACUAUCCUGAUUCCACAUCAACGCCAGUCGCAAGAAGCAAAAGGAGUGAUGAGAUUCCUGUUGACAAGUUACAACAAAUGCAGAAACACUUUGGGCUGAGAGUGACGGGCAGAUUGGAUUCACACACUUUGGCUGCAAUGAAGAAUCCCAGGUGUGGGGUUCCUGAUGUAGCAGAAUACAGCACCUUUCCCGAGUCACCAAAAUGGGGACGAAAAAACCUGACAUAUAGUGUUCUGAAUUACACGCCAGACAUGGACCGCACUGACGUAGAUGUUGCAAUCGAGAGAGCUUGGAAAGUUUGGAGUGAUGUGACUCCCCUGACCUUCACCAGGGUUUAUGGGAAACCUGCAGAUAUCAAGAUCUCUUUUGCUGCUAGAUCUCAUGGUGACAAUAUACCCUUUGAUGGACCAGGUGGGCAGUUGGCUCAUGCAUUUUCACCUGCCUUCGGCGGAAGUGUCCAUUUUGAUGAGAAUGAACCCUGGGCACGGGAUUUAAAAGGCACCAACCUUUUUCUUGUAGCUGCUCAUGAGUUUGGCCAUGUACUGGGCCUCGGGCAUUCCAGCAAUCCAGAGGCUCUGAUGUUUCCAACCUACAGAAAUAGAGACCUUAAAAAUUUUGGUCUUCACAUGGAUGACAUUGAGGGCAUCCAGCAGCUUUAUGGACCCUCUGAAGGUGGGGAUGACAAUGAAGCCAGUGGUUCAUCAAUUAACCUCACAUCCACAGCAGAGGCACCGUCCACAAAAUGGUGUGACCCUCACCUGGCUUUUGAUGCUGUCACUUCUCUCCGAGGGGAAAUCCUGUUCUUUAAAGACAGCUUUUUCUGGAGAAAGUAUCCCCAGAGAAGAGAUGUUGAAAAGUUUCCAAUUUCUGCCUUCUGGCCAGCUUUGAGCAAAGGCAUAGAUGCUGCGUAUGAAGUUAAGGCUGAUGACACAGUAUUUCUCUUCAAAGGAAGCAAGUAUUGGGCCACCAAAGGAAAUACAAUACAGAUCGGUUUCCCCAAGAAUAUUCACAGCCUGGGGCUUCCAAAAAGUGUUAAGAGCAUUGAUGCAGCUGCUCAUGACAGCAGCUCAAAGAAGACAUAUUUCUUCUCUGGAAACAGUUACUGGAAAUAUGAUGAAGCCAAGAAGUCCAUGGAAAAAGGCUACCCAAGAAAGAUAGCAGUCAAGGUGAAUGCUGCUUUUCUGCAUCAUGGACAUUUCUAUCUAUUCCGUGGAUCAAAUCAAUAUGAGUUUGACAGCAAAACCAAAAAAUUCCUCAGCAUUAAGAAGAGUGACAGCUGGUUUGGGUGCCAGUGACACAAGACAAAGGAAAAAGUGAUGAGGCCCAGAGGAAGGAUAUCUCUCUUGGUCUGGGCAUCAGGCAAUGCUCACUGGGCACCAUCUUUGUUGGCAUGACUUGGUCUCUCCUGCGGUUUCAUGAGCCAUGGAACAAGCUGCAUUUUGAAUAAGGAAGUUCUAAUAUAUAUUUGUUUUUAACCUAUGGUAGAUUGCAACUAUUCAAUGAUUCUAUGAUUUUAUUUUUAUAUUUUAAAUUAUUUUAAAUAUAAUUUUUAACUCUGCCUUUAUUUACAGUCUUAAUGUUUGCUUUACUUUUUUGUAAACUACUUGAGGAUUUUAUUUAAAACUGAGCAGGAUACAAUUUUUUAAAACAAGAAAUUAAAUAGAUAUAUUUAAUAUA